CAUUACCAACAAAACACAAGCGACUUUGUUCUCUGGUCUCGCCCUAUUCCCUGUCGUUCGUUCGUGAUAUUUUAUUAAAAAAUAUAUAUUUCAGUUCGUUGGUUAUGAGAAAAAAAUACGGCCGCUGCACCAGCAAGAAGCAUAUCCUGUAAAUUUAAUUAACGCGCAUCUAACGGACGGAAUAUGCAGUAAACGGAAAAAAGGAUCGGGCCAAUAAAUUCCACACAGCAAAAAAAAGUAAGCAAUAAUACGACGAACACGAAGACGACGGACGACCAAGGGAACAACAGUCAGCAACCACGAAGAACAGGGAAAUAUCACAUACUAUAAAUAAACUGCAGCAAGGUUCAGCAACUGAAGUUGAAACACACAAAACAACAAAAAUAUACUACAACAAUAACAACAACAACAGCAAAACAAACACCACUGACAACGAAGACUAAUAUCAUCAUCAUCGUCGUCGUCAGGCUUAACAAAGAGCUGACACCCAUAAGGGAGAGAUAGAGAGCAAAUAAAAAGGAGAUCAUCUCUUUCACAAGUUUGUGUCAGCUGAUUACUUUGAUGAGAACCAGCCAGCCACAGAGCCAACAAAGGAAAGAAGCAAGCAAAAGGUAAACAGAGUCUCUCUAUACAAGAGCAUUGCAGUGAUUUUGUGGUUUCCAUAAAGAGAAUGGAAUAAGGCAGAGACACGAAACAACGAACGAGUCCAUUGAUAACAAAAGCAGCAGCCAAGGGAGAAGAACGACAACGACGUCAUUUUGCAGCAUUGCAGCGGUGGCCGCAGAAAUCAAGUAGUUAAUCGUUGUGAAAGUGCGUGCAAAUAAACACGCGCACCACACAGUCAGCCAGCUAGCUUGCUUUGUUUUCGUUCCAACUAAGCCAGCCAGUCAUUCCAUCAGAUUGUUUGGUUGUCGUCAGUAGUUGACAGAGCAAACCUAACAACCAACCUACCAAGCAAGCCAGCCAGCCAACCGAACCAACCAUCCAACCAACCAAAAAGCCAACUAGCCAGCCAGCCAGCCAGUCAACCAGUUUGUCAGCACAAUGAACAUACGCAUGUUGUGAGAUUUGCUGUCGUUGCUAUUUCAUCGGUUCAUUCGUUCGUUAUUUCUUCGCUUCUUCUAAAGUUGUCUUUCUUUCUUUUCUUCAUUUCACAUUAGUUCACACAACUACGUAAAGCAAACAUUCCGAGAGAAGUAAAAAUAAAAAAAAAAAAAUAAUAAGAAAAACUUGCGAAAUAUACAACUCAGUUGAAACGACGACGACGACGACACAAAACAAAAGCAACAACAACCAUACUCGGUGUAUGCUAAGCUGCUCUGGGUGCACAUUGUCGUCGUAACAACACGAAAUCUUUAUAUUGAAUAUUGAGUGAAUUGCUGAACACCACCAAGCAACUAACCAGCCAGCCAGCCGCUCGGCACCUCUUCGCCGCCUCGGCUUCCAAUACCAAAAAAACAAAAUCAACAACAACAAAAUUUGUCGCAACAGAAGACGACAACACAGCAAUUGCCAAAUUCGAAAUCAAUCCAUAAAAAUACAAAAGCACAGCACACAAGGUGGUUGUGAGAGACGUCAAGGAAGAAGGCGUUGGACAACAGCAACAACAACAACAUUAUCGUUGACCAAGAGCCACAGAAUUUUCGUAACAAAAUUUAUAUGUUCCUUUCUUCAUUCACAUCGUCUGUGGCGUCUGGUGAAUUUUCCUUUUUUUUUUGUUCAACACAUGUCAAUACUAGCCAUUAACUCCACGAGGAGCUGUUCCGAAAAGCAAAACUAAUAUCAAGGAAGUCAUCCACAUAACAUAAACUGGGUAGAAACUGCCCAGUAUCACACAGCUGGGCAUACGAUAACUGUGUGCCAAAGUUCGAGGAGGAGGAGAAGAAGACUAAGAAGAAGAUAAAAAAAACCAAUAUAACCCCGUUUUAUGGAUUACCAGAGAGAAAUAUCUCCCAUAAAUAGCAUCCCACGCCUUGUGUAAAUUUUUGGAAACUCUCUGCUUUAGUUUACACAUUUAACCCAACAUUUUGAAAUACCUCGCCAGCAGCAGCAGCCAUCAUUCAGCCAAAACUCCAAAUGAAAACAUUACUGCUUAGCUCAGACGAUAUUCAAAACUUUCGGAAGCUGAUCUACGAUCCCAAAGUGGCGAAUCUGGGCAACUCCAAUACAGAAGACGCCAAUUUGAUGGCCCUGCAAUAUUACCUGAAACAUCCUGGUAAUUAUACUACUGCAGCAGCGGCAACAACAGCAGCAGCGGCGGCAGCAGCUGCAGCAGCCACCAUAACAUCUCAGGUUCAUAUCCAGCAGCAGCAGCAUCAGCGUAGCCAUCCCCAGACUCAGUCAUUUCUGACAACGGCGGCAGCACCAGCAACAACAACAACCAGUACGCAUAACCACAACGGCAACAACAACACCAGCAAUAGUAUCACACAGCCCAGCAUUGUUGUUAGCAGCAGCAGUAAUGGCACUGCUGCAGGUAUCACCUCCACAAACAGCCAUGCCCAUCAUCACCUGUUAGCCCAAUCACAAACCCAACUGAAGCAACUGCAACUGAAACAGCCCACAAUACAUCAUCACCAGCACACAGCCAGUUUCCAUCAUCCCUAUUACCAGCAACACAGUACGCCUGCGCCUGCUCAUACUUCACACGCCCACAGCACCAGUCACAGCUAUACGCAUUCAUUGCCGGUGCACGCCCUCAAUCAGAAUUCAAAUUUUUCGGCAGCCAGCAGCAGUACUGGCGGAGGGACGGCAUCUAGUCACGCUGCCACACACACCACAGGUUCCAGCCUAUCGCCACCCGGAACAAAUGCCAGCGCCCGCACAACACCCUCCAGUGGUUCGAAUAGCAGCGGCGGUUCCUCAUCAUCCAGCGGUUCAAGUUCACGUGGCUCCACAGUUAGUGGUGCCAAGAAGCUAAAAGUGGAACCGGUCCUCUCGCAAUUCCAUCAAAACGAACGUCUUAAUUUUGCCAAUGCCCACAUAAACUGGACCGAAGAUCACUGGAGACGUGUGGUCUUCCAAGAUGAACGUAAAUUUAAUUUAGAUGGCCCAGAUGGGUUUUCCUAUUAUUUUCACGACUUACGGAACUAUGAGAAAACCCUAUCCCAAAGACCCCGCGGUAAUUCAGUGUACAUAUAUUUGGUGUUAACAGCUGGCGGCCCCAUACAUCUGGAAGUGUCCACGGCUAAAUUUAAAAUCGAAUCCUGCGUCGAAACAGUGCUGAGAGAACGUGCCAACAUUGUGGCCAAAUUGGGUGGCAAUUCCGAUUUCUAUUUGCAAGAUCACAAUUGGACCACAAAUGCCCUGCCCUCGGUCCAGGAAUGGCUCAAUGCGGAAAGUAUAAAAACCCAAAAAUGGCCCACAGUGGCCCACGAUCUGAACAUUAUGGAGGGCAUUUGGGGUUGGCUGAUACGUGAGGUGUUCGAUGGUGGGCGUAAGUUUUCGCGUAAAGACGAUUUGAUAUUUCGUAUACGUGAAGCCUGGUCCCGCGUGCCUAUGGAAUUAAUAAAUAAUCUGUAUACAACGUUAUCGGAGCGGAUAACACAGCUUUACUAUACCCGCGGAGCCUAUACAAACUGUUGACAACAGACACUGGCGUUGUGGAUAAAAACUGAGUUAUAUGUCUAAAAAAAAGAAAAGAUAACAACAACAACAUUAUUAAUUUGCUUGGCUAGUUCAAAUCUCAUAUAAAAAGAAACCUGCUCUUGAUAUAAACCUUAAGUUGCGUAUUUUUUUCUCCUCCUUUGGCGGAGAAAAUCCCUGGCGAACAAGAAACAAACAAAGAAAGAAUGCCAAUACUAGCGGCAAGCAAGCAUGCACUGUAAAUAGGAACCUAAAACAAAACAAAAACUAAUUAACAAAUUUAAAAACAAAUUCACAAACCUAACGAAAAAACAUAGCAAGUAAAUGUAAUGUUGUACGCCCCCCAGAAUUAAGGAAGAAAGAACAUGAAAUAUGGCUGCAGUUUUAAUGUGUUCUAUUGAUGACAGCUUUUUGUCAAGUCAAAUACUUAUGUAGAUGAUCUCAUCUCUGUGUUUGUGACCAAGUCAUGUAUUCUCCCCCCAUCAGCUGUUAAUUCACAUACAUACCUAGCUGAUGAGUAAAUGGUUUGGCUUUAGAUGAGAGCACAUCCGGUUGUCUUUCCUCUUGAAAUGACAUAAAUCUAAGCCAUACUGCUCAUCCGUAUCCGUUUUCUCUCUAGAUUUUCGCUCUUUAUUUACACCUGCCCCAAUGAGCAUCACUAAAAUAACUGCAAUCCAUUGUGAAUUAAUAGCACGGGGAAUGUCUGAAGGAGACUCUUAAAAGGGAAUAUCAUUUGUUGUUUUUAUUUAUUCUAAUCCAAAGGAACAGAAAUUUAUUGAAAUUUUCUAAAAAGAUAUAAUUUAUGAUAACAUAAUGUUCUUUCUUUCUUUUCCACUUUGUUUUUGGAGUAGGCGUCAAUAAUAACUUGCAAGCGAGAGAAUAUUUGUUUGUGAAAUAGUUAUACCUUAUGCUAGGAGCCUGGUUCUGUGUAAGGACGAUUUGAAAGUGAUUAUAAAAGAAAAACACUUAUUUGAAAUAUGUGAUUGUUUAAUUUUUUUUUUUUUUAAUUAAAUUAUGUAUGCCAGAUAUGGGUAUUUUUCCUUUCUUAAGCACCUUCAAAUCGUCCUAUCAGAAGCAUGUCCUAUAUCUACAAUUUAUUAUUAUACAAAAACAUAUUGAAACUGAAUUCUUUAUAAUUUUAUUUAGUGUGUAAUAGUUUAAUUCUUAGUAUAUGUAUGUAUUUUUUAAAAUUUAGUUAUUAUUAAUAUUUUUUUAUUUAAAGCAUUUUUUUUAUUUUUUAAAAAAAUAUUUGUUUUUUUUUCGAUAUUGUUUUUUGUUUUGGUUGCGCACUACACAAGAAGAACAAAAGAAUAAGAAAUAUAUGAAUAUGAAAUAUUGACAAAACAUUUUAAGCUCUGAAUCGAAAUCAUGUGAUGGAAAUGGAUGGCGGGCAACUGGAGACUGAGUGUCAAAAAAAAUCAUGUUGUGUGACAUGUGAGUUUUUUGUUAUUUAAAACUUUUUUCUUGGUAGCCAUCCAUCACAUGAUUGGAAUUUGAAUAAUUUAUUGGCCACUCAUUCAUAUCCCAUUGCUUCCCAACUACUACUAGAGUACUUUAGAUAGGUGUUUUGGAAAUUCUCACCCAAAAAUUAUCUCAUUUUUUUUUUCAAAAUGAUUUGUCAAUAUUUCAUUAUUUAUGGAAAAUAAUACUAAAAAACGAACAAAACUCUGCUCCUCAUCCUCUAUACUAUUACUAAUACUGUAGAGAAGAAAAUCUAAAAAAAAAACUACUACUACUACUAAUGAAGUAACAAAAGUAUUAAACAAAUGUAGAAAAAAAAGAAGAAUACAAAAAAACAAACCACUGCAACAACAAAAGAAAGGAAAACUUGAAGAACAAAGAAUACAAAUCAAAUAAGGAUACUAAUUAUUAAAUAUAUAUAUAUGAACUGCUUGUCUUAUGUUAAAUUAAAAAAAAAAACUAAAAGAAGAAAUAACUUAUAACAUGAAGAAGAAGAAAUAGAAAACAAUAAGAAAUCACCGAAAUUAUUUUUUUUAUUUCAAAAGUCCCUUUUUCUGUUUCGAAAAAUAUUUUUUAGGGAAAUAAAAUUGUUAUUUUUUGUUUUAAAUUAAAUUCAAAAAUAUAUAUAUUUUUUAAAUUCCGUUUAAAACAAAAAAAAAAAGAAUAUCUUCAUCCUAACAUUCAAUGUGUUUCAUCCUAACAACAAGAGAAAAAAAAGCAAAAAAAAAACAACAACACAGCAAACCAUCAGGUCAAGCCUAGGGAUAGACACAUUUAAGGAAACUCCAAACAUAAAAACAAAUUAAUCGCAAUGCAACCAUUCAAUUCAUAACAUACCAACCAUACCACAUAUACAUAAUUAUUUCCAUUGCCAAGCCAUGCGACCCCAAACAAACCCAACCCCCUCCCCUCCCCCCUCAUUCUAAAAUAUAUAAAAUAAUAAACCAGAAAAUAAGAAAAGAAGUAUAUAUAUAUACAAUACAAUAUAAAUUUUUAAGUAUAGAUAAACAUUACACUAGUUUAUAAGUUUUGGUAAAAUGUGAUUUUGUUUGUUAAGAAAGUAAAUGAGAAUUGAACAUUUUCAAAUACAAAUAAAAAUCAAAUAAUAAAAUAAAUAAAUAAAAUAAAAAGAAAGAAAAACUUGCGAUGAAUUAAAGCACCAAAAUCAACAAACUAACCAAUUUCAAAUAAAAUGAAAA